AUGAUUAUUCAAUUUGUUGCUCAUCCACAUUGUCAACAUCUUUUAACUACUUUAUGGUAUGAUCAACUUCCUGGUUGGCGUAAACGUCAUCCAUUUACAAAAUUAUUUCUUUGCUUUUGUAUUAUUAUUGCAUUGCCAAUAUUAGCUCCAACAUAUUUAAUUCAUCCACAUGGAUGUGUUGGUCAGUUGAUGCGAAGUCCAUUGAUAAAAUUCAUUAAUCACAGUGCAUCAUUUGCAAUUUUUAUUUCCUUACUUUUGAUUGCAUCAACUGAUACAUUAACAAAAACAGAUUUACAAAGACGCAGUGAAAUUCGUGGACCAGAUCCAAAUGUUAUUGAAAUGUUAAUAUUGUGGUGGGUUAUUGGGUUUGUAUGGAGUGAAAUGAAACAAAUCUGGGAAGAAGGUCUUAAAGCCUAUGUGCGCCAGUGGUGGAAUUGGUUAGAUUUCUUAAUGCUUGGACUUUAUUUAACUACUGUCGCACUUCGUGUUGUUGCAGUCAUACUACGGAAAACCAGCCAAUAUGGUACAGAACCAUUACCACGUAAUCAGUGGCCUGAAACUGACCCAACUCUACUUAGUGAAGCAUUGUUUUCUAUUGCACAUAUAUUUAGUUUUGCAAGAAUUAUAUUUCUGUUUCAAAUCAAUGAACACCUUGGACCACUACAAAUUUCACUUGGAAAUAUGUUAAUUGAUAUUACAAAAUUCAUUUUCAUAUUUUUGCUAGUAAUCUCUUCCUUUGCUUGUGGUCUUCAUCAAUUGUAUUACUACUAUCUUUCAAACGAAGAAGACAACAGACCACGUGCAUUUAGUUCACUUGUCAGUUCAUAUCGUACACUAUUUUGGCAUUUAUUUGGAAGUAGUCAGUCGGGUAAUUUCGAAGUGACAUUUGUAAAUAAAACUAGCGGUGAACGUGAACGUAUGGAAUCAGCUAGAAAUACUAUGGUUGUAGGUGAAAUCCUACUAUUAAUUUAUCAUGCUAUGGCAAUUAUAGUUUUAGUAAAUAUGUUAAUCGCUAUGAUGUCCAAUUCAUUUCAAACUAUACAGAAUCACGCAGAUACAGAAUGGAAAUUCGCUCGAAGCAAAUUAUGGGUCGGUUAUUUUGAUGAAGGAUCAACGCUUCCGCCACCGCUUAAUACAAUUAUAAGUCCUAAAUCUAUAAUAAGAUUUCUCUGUGGGAUAUUCCAUUUCAUAAUUUUAUUAAUAAAAAAAUGCCGAGAUUGUAAAUUGUCUGGAAAUAGCAAUAGCAUUAACAAUAAACACAAGCAGACCAAAUUACAGACACUGAACCUUCAUUCCAAUCAACCAACAAAUCAAGCAGAGUGGGAUAUUGAAAUACAAGAAACAAAUACAAGUGGAAAUCUUUCCAAUCCUGAUGUUACGAAUAAACAGAAGCAUCAAUCAAUGAAACAGAGCAAACGAAAAACUUACUAUCAGUCAGUUAUGCGUCGACUUGUAAGAAGAUAUAUACAUCAAUCGAAGAAAACAAUGAGACAAGAUGGAGUGAAUGAAGAUGAUCUACUAGAAAUCAAACAGGAUAUAUCAAGUUUGAGAUUUGAAAUACGUGAAGAUAGAAAACGAGAAGUUGUACGUGCUGUUUGUCAAUUAGAAAGUUUGAAACAAGAACUUGUCGAUGAAUUAAGUAAACAAAAUUCAAUAUUACAACAUGUCAUCUCACCUUAUGCUACUACUACUACUCCUACUACGACUACAACGACGACGACUUUUACUGUUAAUAGUAGUGGUGCUUCUACUUCCAAUUGUGAAAUAUCAUCAUCUCAACACGAAUUGACGACCAUUCCACAAACACAACCGAAAUUGGAAUUAAUCAAUGAUAAAAAGAAAUAUUCAUUACAAUGUUAUCAUCAUUCAACUAGUAAUCAUCCUACUAAUCAACUCUAUUAUUCAAUGGAUUCAAAAAUAAAAGAUUAUAAAAAGAAAUAUUCAUUAAAUUAUGAUAAAGAUAUAAAUCAUUUGACAAAAAUCAAUGAUGCAUUGAUUGAUUUUACAUGGUUAUCCGAUAAGCAUAAUAAAGCGAAUAUUGGUCAAGGUUUAUAUAUUGAUGAUUGGUAUCAACUUAAAAAUGAAAUAAAAAGUGGACUAAGAGAAGAACUUAUUUCAUUAAUUCAAAAUAAAUACUUAUUAGUGAAUAAUGAACAAUUUGGAAAUGAAUUAGACACUACUACUACUACUAAUACUACUCAUCAUAGUAAUGAGAUCAGCGAUCAAACGGUACCGACAUCAUCGAAUUCAUUUUUAAAUGACAAUAAAUUGAAUACUGUUCAAUCGAAAAUAUAUAAUAAACAUUCUGAAAAACCACUUCCAAGAUUUAUACAAAGUACACAAUUAAACAAUAACUUGAGAAGAUAUUCUAAACAGAAUGAUAAUAAUACUAAUAGUGAUAAUAAUAAUAAUAAUGGCGAGAAAGUAGAAUUAUCACAUUCAAAAUAUUCAACAUCCAAAUCACCAAUAUUAUUAUCAUCAUCUUCAUCAUCAACAACAGCAGUUCCACAUGAGACCAUGUCAUCAACAUUACUACCCUCAUCAUCGAGAUCCCACGAUCCAUACCCUACACGUGGGACAAAUGUUUCUACUCAUUUAAUCGCUACUAGUAGUAGUAGUAGUGGUGGUGGUCAAAGUACCAGUAGACUGCUGAGACAAGAAGAACAUCAUGUUGUGGAUAAAGAUGAAAGAAAAACAGCCAAUAUUCAUGAAAGUGCUAAUGUGCAUUAG